AAUUUAAAUGAAAAAAAUGAUUUUAUUUAUUUAAAAAUGUUAAAAAGAAUUUCUUAAAUGAUUUCACAAAGGUUUUGAUCAGUUAAAGAAGGUUUUUUCAAACUUCGAAAGAGUCUUUUAAAAUUCUUUGUAUAGUUUGCGAAAAUUCUUCAUGGAUAAAUCCAACAAAUCUUUAAAGUCGCCUUCAUCAUUUUCUUUAUUGAGCAACUUAAAGAAGCCAUCUGCUUUUAACAACUUUGAUCUAAUCAAAAGUAAUGAACAAAUAAACUCUAAGAAUAAUAAAUAUUUCAGCCAAAAAAAUGCUAAAAAUAAUAAAGCAAACAAUGAAGAUAAUGAGCUUAGCAGUCAAUCACCAAGCAACCAAUCAAUGAGCUUAUCUCAAAAUUCUGAAAAAGAAGCGGUAAAUGUUUGUGACAUAAAAUUAAAAAUUUUUAAACCAGUUAUUUGUGAAGAUGAUAAGGUAGCAAAAAAAAAAGCAAGUUGUAGGCUGCAGGAUGCAGAAUUUUAUUCUGAAUCUAAAAAACCAUACUUUCUUUCUCCUUCAAUGAUUCAAAGUGCAGCUGCUGUUAAAAACUCAAAUGAUAAAAAUGUACAGGAGAAAGAUUUGUUAAAAGAUGUACCAGAAAAGGAUUUGUUAAAGGAAGAAAAAUUUGCACUAAAAAAUGAAAACAAACUUGUGUCAAAAAAUAAAAAACCGUUUGAAGAACCUGAAGAUUCUUUAGCAUUAAAAGAAAAUAAUAUUGAGUUUGCAAUAAUAAGACAUGAAAGUUUUGCUCUGGACAAUGACUUUGCAAUUUUGAAAAAAGAAAAUACUAAACUAAUACAAGAAAUGAUAACAUUAAAAAAUGAAAAUGAUCAAGCCAAAAAAGAAAUAAAUUGUUUGCAAAAGAAUAUUGAAAAAAUGGAACGAGACCAUUUUCAAGAAAUUAAGUCAAUGUAUGAAAAAUACAUUGUCCUUCAAAAUGACAAAGACAAUGAAAAAAAAGACUUUGUAAAAAAAGUCUCAAAACUUGAACAGUUGCUCUGUGAAAAAAAUGAAGAGUUUUAUACUCAGCAAUGUUUAGUAAUCCAACAAGAAGAAAAUAUGUCAAAGCUACAGUCUAAAAAUAUAGCAUUAGACGAAAAGUUGAAAAGCGUUAUUGAAUCACACAAUCAAGAAAUUUUAUUGCUUGCAAAAGAAAAAGAUAAAAUAAUCACUGAAAUAUUUCAAAAUAAAAAUGAAAUAGAGUUGUUGCGAAAUGAGUUAGCUACAACCAAAGAGGAUUUUAAUAACACAGAGAAAAAAAUUAUUGAAAAAGAUGAAGUAUUAGAGAAUUUAAACAAAUGUCAUAAUGACAUUAUGGAUAAAAAAAAUUCAGAACUUACUGAGGAGCGCGAACAAACAAAUCGUUUAAAGGCUGAAUUAAAAACAAAAGUAGAAAUAAUAUUUGAUCUGGAAAAACAACUCACAGAAUGUAAGUUAGAAAGUUUGAAAGGUGCAGAUAAAGCUCAAUCUCUAAAAAAUGAAAUAUUUUUGCAGAAUCAGGAGAUUAACCAAUUGCAACAGACAUGCAAAGUACUUCAAUCCACCAAUGAAUUAUUAAAUGUGCGGUUGAAUGCACUUAAUGAAAUAUUGCGUUUGCAGGAAGUAAACAUGACUAGUGCUGGUUCUUCUGAAGACAAAAUCUUGAACCUUUGGAGAAACAAAGUUUACAGUUUACUUGUGCAGUUAAAGUUAAAUGACAUCAAUUGAUUAAAGUUUUUUUAUUUAUUUUUUUCUAAUAAUAUUUAUAAACUUAAAAAUAUAUAUCGUAUGAAUAUA